AUGACACUAGUGACUCCGUUACAAUUUUCGACUGUACAGCCAAAUUUAUAUAGAGGAUCUUACCCACGAGAAAUCAAUCUCCCAUUCCUGAGAACCCUUAGAUUGAAAUACAUAUUAUCUUUGACACCAGAACCUUUGAGCACUGAUCCUCUAAUGGUAAAGUUUUGUGAAGAAAAUAACAUUAAGACAAUUCAUAUAAAAUGUCAAAGUGAAAGAAAGGCAGACAAGACCAAACCCAAGAUUAAAAGGAAAAAGAAAACAGUUCCUAUUGAAUACGAUGUUGUAGUACGAUGCGUUAAAUUUCUGAUUGAUAAAGGGCAUUACCCCUGUUAUAUGCACUGUACGAAUGGUGAAUUGAUAAUAUCUCUCGUAGUAGCAUGUAUGAGAAAGUUUUCAUAUUGGAGUACGGUAUCCAUACUAAAUGAGUUUUUGGUGUAUAAUUCCAGCAUCAAUAUUCAUGAAAGAAAUUUCAUUGAAAACUUUAACUCUGAAAUCGAAGUUGACGAUCUGGAUAUAAAGGAUAAAGUUCCCUGGAUUACCGUGCGAUAUAUUGCAAGGACAGCCACAGAAUCAAAAGAUGAGUUGCGUGUUGAUGAUGCUAAUGCGUCUGAAAAAGUUGCAAGAGUAAGUAGCGUGUCAAAUUCUUUGCCAAAACUAAAAUUUCAUAGUAUGUAA